GUCUCAAAGUCUACCGAACAAAACUUACAUACAAAGAAGUCAUUACCCGAAUACAGGUGAAGCACAAAUUAUUCACGAAUCAACGUCCCUAAUUAACUCAGAGAAUCCAAGAAUCACAAAGAACUCAUUUUUCAACAAAAGCAAUCAAUUUUCCAGACUUAAGGAUCCAACAAUUAAGGGAAUUGGCAUUUUGUUUUGAUGAAAGUUAACUGGCAACAGGGUUUGGGAAUCAAAUGGUAAAGGGUUUAUGUAACGACCAGUUGGACGACCAGGAUUGAAUGUUUGUGGUCUAUAUUUAUUAGUGGAGAAUCUUGAAAAAAGAAAACGAAAGGGAAAACUGGAAACAAACACGAAGAACCCAUUCAGAAUGUUGCCUUCUUUUUCCUCUUCUUCGGUUCAUUUUUUUAUGGGUUAUUUGAGAUUCCGACAUACCUUUUUUACUUUUCCCAGUCCAGGCAAAAGACACUCACUUUUGCGUCAGUUCCACAGCAUUUGAGAUGGACAGAGUCAUGGAGAAGCGUUGAGUCGGUGUGCGACCCCUUUAGUAUUUAAACACCACCUUGGCCCCCAAAGAUUGUGACUUGCAAGAUCUUAGGUUCCCUUUCUUGUCCGGACCCUUCUUCUAACACUGACUGUCGCAUUCAAGCAUCGUCAUUCUCGUACUUGAGUUUUGAGUUCUGCAAACAGAAAUGGGUAUCAAUUCUCAGGAAGCGAUCAAGAAACUCAAAGCUUUGAUGGAUCAAGUUGAUCAGCCAUUGAAGAAAUCCUUUCAGAAUCUUCAUCAAGGAUUCUUGACGGAAACGCUGGAGCGUUUCCUAAAGGCACGUGAAUACGAUGUCAGCAAAGCCCAUAAAAUGCUGGUGGACUGCUUAAAAUGGAGGGUGGAAAAUGAGAUUGACAAGAUAUUAAGGAAGCCAAUAUUUCCUGCUGAUGUCUACAGAGCAGUGAGAGAUUCACAGCUUGUGGGACUUUCGGGUUACUCAAAAGAGGGCCUUCCUGUAUUUGCCAUCGGCGUUGGGCUUAGCACAUUAGACAAAGCAAAUGUGAACGACUACGUGCAGUCACACAUACAAAUCAACGAGUAUCGGGAUCGUGUUGUUCUGCCUUCGGCAUCAAAAAAGUAUGGACGGUCUAUCACCACCUGCGUGAAGAUCUUAGAUAUGACUGGUCUGAAGCUAUCAGCCCUUGGCAAUGUAAAGUUAUUGACAAUUUUAUCAACCAUUGAUGAUCUGAACUACCCUGAAAGGACGACUGCUUACUAUAUUGUAAAUGCACCUUACGUUUUUUCAUCCUGUUGGAAGGUUGUCAAGCCUCUGUUACAUGAAAGGACAAAGAGAAAAAUUCAGGUGUUACCAGGUUGUGGGAGAGAUGAGCUGCUGAAGAUAAUGGAUUAUUCAUCUCUUCCACAUUUCUGCAAAAGAGAGAGCUCAUUGUCGUCCCGAUCAUCAUCGGCUCAUCAAGGAGGCCAAAAUUGCUAUUCCUUGGACCAGCCAUUUCAUCAACAGCUAUACAACUACAUCAAGCAGCAAUCCUUGAUGACUGAAGCUGUUGAGCCAAUUAGGAAAGGAUCUUUCCAUGUGAAUCUUCAAGUGCCUGUGUCAAAAAGCAAAGGGGCGGCUAAAACUAUUGAAUCUGAGUUACGGAAGUAUGGCAGUGGGCUUUCUGAUACAUUGAUUGAACUCGAAAUAAUGUAGUGAUGAAUUUCUUUCAUUAAUGGUGCAUAUUCCUUCCUUGGAGAGAUGGUGGAAAGGAAGAUCUGGUUUUACUGAUCCUUACACUGUAUCUCUAUAUGGACAGACCCAGUUUCAUGAUGGUAAAUCCAAAGGCUUGUAGAAAUUAACCACUAGAGCAGUUAAGAAACAUAUCUACGAUGUACCUUGAAAUGUGCCGGGUCAGAUAUAAAGUUCGCUUUUCAUGACUAA